GCAGAAACAUGUAAUUACUAUUAAUUUGUCAGCUAUUAGUUGAGCCUAACAUUUCUAGUCAAAAUGUCUUUGAAAUCCGAUGCCAUUGUCGAAAGGAUUCGCGUCCGAUUGGGAAAAAUCGAUCCGGCUAACCGUCAAGUGCUUCAUACCUACAAGUGUAAAAUUACAUCAGGAGGCAAAGUUGCUAAGACAUGGAUGUUGGAUUUGGUGAAUGUUAAAUUGUAUGAAGGAAACGACGCAGCUGAAUGCACCUUGGAAUGUGAUGACCAAGCAUUUGCCGAUAUUGCUGACCAAAAAUUGCAAGCAAAGGAAGCCCUCGAAAAAGGAUUACUUAAAGUUGAGGAUAAUAUGGAAUUAGCACUUAAAUUGAUGCCAUUUAUCGCGACCGUUUAAAUGCUUUGAUCAUUAACCAUAAUUUUUAAUAAACUUAAAUUUAAUAAGAUA